CGCCCGUCCACUCCCUCGCCGUUCCGUCUCCACUUCUCUCCACGUCUCCACGGCCACGCCCGCAGGCAGCAGCAGUCCUAGUCGUCUCUCUCUCUCUCUCCCCGCUCUGCCUCGGCUUCCCGCCGGCGGGAGGAUGAAGGUCACCGUCGUGUCCCGGAGCGGCCGGGAGGUCGUCAAGGGCGGCAUCGACCUCAAGGACUCGGCCAAGGUCGCGGAUCUGCAGGAGGCCAUCCAUGCCAGGACAAAGAAGUAUUAUCCUUCUAGGCAGCGGCUCACCCUCCCUCUUCAACCUGGAAAAGGUGGGAAGCCAGUUGUCCUCAAUCCAAGGGCCAGCCUGUCAGAAUACUGCGAGAAGGGUUCUGGAUCAUUGACAGUGGUCUUCAAAGAUUUAGGAACACAGGUCUACUACAGCACACUGUUCUUCUUUGAGUACUUGGGUCCUCUCAUCAUCUACCCCAUGUUCUAUUAUUUGCCCGUCUACAAAUACUUCGGGUACGAGGGAGAACGGAUCAUCCACCCUGUUCAGACCUACGCCAUGUACUACUGGUGCUUCCACUACUUCAAGAGGAUCAUGGAGACAUUCUUUGUGCACCGUUUCAGCCACGCAACAUCACCCCUGUCAAAUGUCUUCAGAAACUGUGCCUACUACUGGACCUUCGGCGCUUACAUUGCUUACUACUGCAACCACCCGCUGUACACCCCAGUAAGUGAUCUGCAGAUGAAGAUUGGGUUCGGUUUCGGGAUCAUCUGCCAGAUUGCAAAUUUCUACUGCCACAUCCUGCUGAGGAACCUCAGAAGCCCAAGCGGCAGCGGCGGUUACCAGAUCCCUCGUGGCUUCUUGUUCAACAUCGUGACAUGCGCCAAUUACACCACUGAGAUCUACCAGUGGGUCGGGUUCAACAUUGCUACGCAGACUGUGGCAGGUUACAUCUUCCUUAUCGUUGCAGCAGCUAUCAUGACCAACUGGGCGCUUGGCAAGCACAGCCGUCUGAAGAAGCUUUUUGAUGGCAAGGAUGGAAGGCCUAAGUAUCCUCGCCGCUGGGUGAUUCUCCCUCCAUUCCUGUGAACAGGUGGUGGCUGUUGGUCGGCCCAUUGGGAUUCAAUGUCUACAGCAUCCCCAGCACACAGAAGUUCCAAUUCUUGAAUGUCAUGCGAACAAUUGUACUAAUCACGCCUUUUUAGGGGUUGAACUUCGACUCUGUUGUCCAAAAUUUCUAAUCCGAAAGAUGGAUUUUAUUUUAUUGCCUUGGUAUUUGUUUCACAACGUUACGUGGUCCUGUCUUAAUAUGAUCGAAGGUUCAUGUGAUGUUAUCAUCUUUCUCGCCCCAUUUGUCCAAGCAGAAGUGAAUGCAGACAUAAUUUCGUUGA